UCGCGCCCGGAAGCUUGUCCGGUGGGUGGUGCCGAGGCCGUGAGGUUGGCGGCUGUUGAGCGGCGCCCCUGGGAAAGCCCUUGAGCGGGACAUCUCUGUCGGAAGAGAGAAUGAGCUUAGCUCUGAGAGGUGAGCUUGUGGUAGACAAAACAAAGAGGAAAAAACGAAGAGAACUUUCUGAAGAACAGAAGCAAGAAAUUAAAGAUGCUUUUGAGCUCUUUGAUACUGACAAAGACCAAGCAAUAGAUUAUCAUGAACUAAAGGUGGCAAUGAGAGCUUUGGGUUUUGAUGUGAAAAAGGCUGAUGUGCUGAAGAUUCUUAAAGAUUAUGACAGAGAAGCCACGGGCAAGAUUACCUUUGAAGACUUUAAUGAAGUUGUGACAGACUGGAUAUUGGACAGAGAUCCACAUGAAGAGAUACUGAAAGCCUUUAAACUAUUUGAUGAUGAUGAUUCAGGUAAAAUCAGCUUGAGGAACUUGCGACGUGUUGCCAGAGAAUUGGGUGAAAAUAUGAGUGAUGAAGAACUUCGGGCUAUGAUAGAAGAAUUUGAUAAAGAUGGUGAUGGAGAAAUAAACCAAGAAGAAUUCAUUGCUAUAAUGACUGGUGACAUUUAAGGAAUUACAAGAAUCAACACCAAAAUGUUGUAGUUACCGUCUAUAUUUUCUUUCUGUGCCUGGAGUCCUGCUUGAAGAAAAACAAAAAAAAAAAUCCAACCUAAUUCUUUUUCCAAAAGGAACAAAACCAAGCAUCCUUUGUGUUUACAUUUCAGUACUGUUAAGUUUCUUUGUAUGAUUAAUAUUAGUAGCAUUAAUAGUUAACUUUACAUUUAUAAUACAGGUUUAUAUAAAGUUUUAAAAAAAUCAAAUCAUGUGGUGUAUAUUAUUUGGAGGCUUCUAAAUUUAGCAUUAACUAAUUGCCUUUAUUUUGGUGCACAUGUUUUUGUUUCUUUUUUUAGAC